UGCUUCUGUAACCAAGACAAGAAGGUACUGAGACUUUAAGGUCGCUUUGUGGUUUCAAAAUGAAUAGAAGUCAUGAAUGCAAGUGAGCCAUUAGAAAAUAACAAAUUCUUCCUGAUUCUUCUAAUGCUCGGGUUGAGUGUCAAAUAAUUCCAGUUGCACAGAACUCAAAAGAGACGCAUUAACAAAGAUUCCGUAGCUGUUCCAGUCAUUGGAGACGCCACAUCGUUAAAACGGAGAUGUCGUAGUGAAACACCAGGAAUCAAAGGGCUUGUUCCGGUUUCAUAAUCGAGUCAAAUGUGAAAGAGCAGGUUAUGUGUGGCCGUCUGUGGAGACAGUAAUGUAAUCAAGUGCAUUCUGGUUUAUACGCCAACGUUCACACAAAUAGUGAUCGGCAAGGAAUGUGUUGAUGGUCGCCAUUUUUGUGCGACCGGAAUUCCACCAUGACCGUGGAACAGUCGAGUUUGCAACAACACAAUAGCAAGCGUAUUCGUGAUGAUGGGCUGAGUGUCACAUAUGCCAAGAUCAGGGAGGUCACAGGAAUCGACGAUCAGUGUGUAAUUGAUGAGGCCAUUAGUGCUUGCUGUACAAAAGAGGGGAAAUUCAAAUUGGAAGAUGUGGUGGACAUGUUAGUGCAGGAUGACACCAUUCACCGAAGACAGCUGCGUACACCCAAAAUGACCAAGGUGCCAGUCACUGUCCAAGAGAAGCAGGAGCCUCUUGCGAAAAAGAUACCUACACAGGUGUCACAGUUGGCAAAAAAUCCAGUUAUUGACUUAACCCAGGAAACGGGUGAACGAAAUGAUAUUGACAAAGCCAUAAAUGCAAGUCUGCAAGAUUCACAGGGAAUUCUUGGUGGUCAAGUCACUCGAGAAGAGCAAGACAUAAGCAGAAUUCUGGAAGCGAGCUUGGCUGAGUCUAAAGCUGGCACCAAGAGGAAAAGAGGAGAAGUAUGGUUUGUUGACCCACUCAACCCUCAUGAGCGCAGACGCCAGGAAGGCUGGCCAGUGGGCUUAAAGAAUGUGGGGAACACCUGCUGGUUCAGUGCAGUCAUACAGUCAUUGUUCUACUUGCCCAAAUUCAGGCGCAUGGUUCUGCACUUCAAAUGCCCAUUUAAUGCUCUGAUGUCUUCCAUUUUACAGGAAAGAAGGAAUCUACGCUUCAUGCAGGAACUUCGUCUUCUGUUCGGUCUUAUGAUAGGAUCAACUAGAAAAUAUGUAGAUCCCUCCAAAGCUGUAGAUAUUUUGAAAGAAGCAUUCUCAUCACCAUCAGGAGUUACUGACAGUCAACAGGAUGUAAGCGAGUUUCAGCACAAGCUCUUGGAAUGGCUUGAAGAUGCCUUCAAGGCUGACCAUGUGAAUCCUUCCUCAGGAGAGCCGGGAAACUUGGCCACUGCUGCACUUACAAAUCCUGUAACUGAAUUGUUUUAUGGCCAGUUUCGGGCUGAAGGUGUGCAUGAAGGCAAAGUAUUCACCAAGCAAGAGACUUUUGGACAGUUCCCUCUUCAGGUGAAUGGAUUUCGUGACAUCCACGAAAGCCUUGAAGCCACCACUAUGCAGGACGAGAUAGAGGCUGUCAACAAAGAUGCAUCUUCUCUCAAGUCUGGCCAAGAGCUCUGGUUUACUCGUCUGCCCCCCGUGCUAACCUUUGAGCUGUCACGGUUCCAGUUCAACCAACAGUUAGGGCGGCCAGAAAAAAUACACAACAAGAUAGAAUUUCCACGGGUCAUUUACGUAGAUAGAUAUUUAGAAAAUAACAAGAGCAUAACCCGGCAACGAAGAGAACGAUCUCGAAUAUUGAAAGAGGAACUGUCUCAAGUCCAGUCAAAAUUAGACAGGUUCAUGAACUAUGGUUCUGGAAGCAAACGCUGCCCCCUUCAUGAUAUUCUUCAGUAUGCACUAGAGUUUGCAGAAAGUAAGCCCCCUACAUCCAACUCCACAUGUUUGUCAUCCAGUGAUGUGGACAUGGAGUCACCUAAGCAAAGCAUCAGCUCCAGUAACAAGUCUUUGAGUGGCACCACCUCGUCACUUGCCUCCACAGAGUCCUCUGACCAGAGCAUGUGCUAUGUUGAUGCUGCCCCCUCUCCUCCGUCUGGAGAUCUAUCGGAGCCUCAUACACCUCAGAAAGAUUCACCUCUCCAGUGCCAGACUGAAGGUCAGACAGAGGUGUUUCCAGCACCACGACAUGUCAAUGACAAUGAGCUGAGAGUACUUCGUGACUGUUUGCGUCGAUGGAGGACGGAGGUGGAAAAUGAUGUCCGAGAGCUUCAGUCCACAAUAUCAACUUUGGAAUGUCAGCUGAGCCAGAUGUACUCUGAUGAUGCCAUGCAGAAGUUCCCAUACCACCUGCAUGCAGUGUUGGUACAUGAGGGUCAAGCAGCCAGUGGCCAUUACUGGGCCUUCAUCUAUGAUGAAGAGCGAAGUAUGUGGCUCAAGUUUAAUGACAUCACCAUCUCUGAGUCUUCUUGGGCUGAGCUAGAGCGAGAGAGUGUUGGUGGCUAUCACAACGCAAGCGCCUACUGUUUGAUGUAUGUGGACAAGUCUAGGAUUCAGGAUGUGUCAGGGGAGGGGCAAGCAUGUAGACAAGUAGACUCCAUGGAAACCAUGCCUAAGGACUUGCAAGAGAUGGUUGUUGCUGACAACAAGGCAUUUGCUCAGGAGAUAGAAGACUGGGAUGCAGAGCAAGUCAAAAAAUCCACUGGUGAUCCGGAAGUCACUAUUGUUGCAGAGCAUAAACCUACACAGUCAGCAGCCACACAAACAAUGCCAAUAUCCUCCCAGUCUUCUCUCCCCUCUUGCCAUGCCCAGCUGUCUUUUGAAGACACUGUGAAAGCAGUCUACAAGGCGCUAGACACCCCUCAUCCUACACCACCAGAAGCUGCCUUCACAAGGGCAGCUGGAUUUGAACUGAAACGACUGCAAGAAUCUGCAAAGAUGUUGCCGCGGCGACUGCCCAAGGAUGAUGCUCGUCUCCAGCAUAUAGUGAUUUAUCUCUGUUUAAAUCAGGCAGAUUCAAACACACAGAACAUCAUAUUACUAGAGCAGUUCUCUCAUCUGGCCAUUCUGGAUCAAAAUUUGAGGGCCAAAGCAAUACGGGCCACUUCCAUUGACAUGAUUAACAAAAUGCGAAGAGAGUGUGGUGAAAAGAUCAAGGCUGAUUAUGAGCAAUGGCAUCAGCGAUAUCAUCAGUUCCGGCAAGCAGCCUUCAUGUUUGUCCGUGGCCUUCAGGCCUAUUAUAAAGAGAGAUUCACAGAGGCUUUGCCUUACUUCAACCAGGCCUGGCUUCACAAUAUGUCUGCCAUGAGUGGGAAAACAGCCUUGGCUGGAAUAAACACUCUCCUUAUCUCAUACUUUCGACGAAAGUGUCUGGAGCAUGUCAACGAAGAAGCCAUGCAGCAGUUUGAGAUGGAUGCAGACGUGUCAGAUGCCUUGACCUUGAUGUGUAACCAGAUUUUGCCAUCUUUAGCCUUCCUGUCACAGUCAGGCCUGGACUUGGAUAUGAAGGCUCUUGAAGAACUUCGUGGAAAGUGGUGUGCCUUUCUUGAAAAGGAGCUGAGCCAACCAAAGGUCGAAAAACUGCAGGACUUCCUAACAAAAAUGUUUGAAAACUGGUCUGAAAUAAAGCUAGAGAGACCACAGAGCGUUCGCCUGAACAGCAUGAUGGACUUGUACAAACAGUACUGUGAUGUCAUAAACAAGGCCUUUGAUGCUGGGGAUAUCGAGAAGGCCCUGACGCCCAGCUAGGGGCAUCCUUUAUUGAAGAGUUUGCAAGUGUAGCAAGUGUACAUUUCCAGCAAGAAGUUAAAUGGAAUUGUUUGUCAAAAUUUUCCAAUGAAAGCUAAACAUUAACCCAGGUGGGUAUUUAAAAGACUGAAAUCUCAAAGAAGAAAAUUAUAUGAAGCCCCCAGUGUCAGAAACUUGUUUAUAUUUUUUUUAAAGGAUGUUAAAAGUUGCAGUAACAUUUAGGUUAUAUCAAAGAAAGGGUGAAGAUUCUUGUGCAACCAUUAUUUCAAGAGGCUUCUCUUGUGCUGCAUGCUUAAUGCUCACCACAAAAAUGCUUGUACUGACCCUCACUUCAUUGAGAAAGGUCAUGGUCCCCCUGGAAAGAAUCUGGGCAAGCAUGUGUCCAAAACAAAGGGUAUACCCUUAAGAGACGGACUGUAUAGCAGCUGAAGGAGUCGCAAGAGAGAAGUUCUACGACGACAGUGUAUACAACCCAUGUUUUAACCUGGUGUUCCUCCCAGGUGACGCCAUAUUCCCAGGGCAAAAUUCAUGGUGAUUAGUGCAUUUUUGUCUGUGGCUGGCAAGGUGCAGCAGGAAGUGCUUGCCAGAUUUGUGUUCCCCAGCUGUAACAUUUGGAGCAAUACUCGGAUGCUUCUGGAAAGAUGCAUGACAGUGUAAAUAAAAAGAAAAGUCAUAACCUCUCCCACUGCUUUUCUGUGUUUUCCCCCUUUCGCUCACUAUUUCCUGACCCAACUUAUCCAUUAUCUUCAUUGUUUCUCGAUUUCAUUUUUCUGUAACUCCUUAGUCUUAAAAAUGACUCUUUCAGGACUGGAUGUUAGGUGUCUUGUUGGGGAUUUCCCAUUUUAUUUUUUUUUUUUUUUUUUUUUUUUUUUUUUUUUGCUGAUUUUCUUUAGUUUCCUUAUUUUUAUCACCUCUUCUUUCUUUGAUAUUUUAAAUCUUAAGGAAAAGAGCACAUUAGCAGGCAACUUUUCGUUUAGAGACCAAGUACAGGGCCUAAAAUAUUGCAGCAGUACUACCUGUUCCUAUUAGAAUUUUUUUAUUCUGAAUGGUAUCAAUUGACUACCAUAAGCUGUAGAAUCUACGCUAGUACAACCCUCAUGGUAUAAAGAAAACUCUGUACUUAAUGUUGGAUUGAUGCCAGUCAUGGUAAAGGUAGAUUCAAGCUUUUAUGUUGGAAAAAAACCUUUUUACUUAUGUGUAAACAAAUAUUCAUCUUAACUGUUUCAUGAAUUCAAGAGUACCUACAGUAAAAAGAAAUUAAUUUGGCAAGCCCAAAACGAUGAUGUAUUAAUAUCAGAACUCUUCUCAGUGCUGGUAUAUUGAAAGUAGUGGGCUUGCAGUCUCUUGAUCUGAAAACAGGUUUUUAGUAAAUAGUAAUUUCUUUUUUAUUAUUUUUGCUUCAUGAUAACAGGAGGAAAAUUGACCCCAAAAAAAUGUAUUUAUUUUUUAUUUCAGGCCUCCCACACAGCAAAUUGUUAUAUAAUUUGGCAGUAGUGCUUUUGUAUGCACAACUGUUUUUUUAUUCAUCCAUAAUCCUGGGUAAAAAGCAUAAACAUUUUUUGUAAUAAUCAUUGUUGGAAAUUUGACUUGUGCAUCAUCCUGUGAAAGAAAACUAUUCCUUCUUGCUUGCUUAUAUCAGUGAUUGGCCUGCUUAUUAUAUCUUACUCGCCAGCUUUUCAUUAGAAGACAGGACUAGUGUCAUUAAGUUUCCUAAACAUCUGAUUACUGAAUGCAUUGAGUCUUAUGUAGCCUGUUCUUUUGUUUGUGGUAGAUUUAGCAAGCAUUUGAACUAUUGAAAAUAGUACCAGGAAUUCACUUUAAAUCUGUUGCUAGACAUUUAGAAAUUUUUAGUCAACAUGGACCUUUAGCUGUUGACAACCUGGAUCUUUAUUGAAGAAGUGUAAAAUUUUUAGCAGCUGAACAUGUUAAAAACACUAAAUAUUAUAAGCUGUACUUGUUUUGUGCAUAAUGAAUUUACUGACUGAAUUGUCUCGGAAAACACUGAUUUUGUGCUUAGUGCCUAAGUAAAGUAGUUUUAGUAAGGAGUAAACAGCUACUGUUUCAGCACAUGUCUCAUCUUAACCUUUAAAAGCCCUAUCAUAACAGUUGAAAUCCAGUUCAAACAAGGGUCAUCCGCAAGGUACCACUUAUCUCACGUUUUCUUAUGUCAGGACAUCUGGCUUGCCACAAUGGCAUCUUUUCCAAUUUUAUUCAUUUAACUGCCUCAUAGUUUUUCUCAGUCAGCUUGUGUUACUUGUACUCAGUUGCUUGUGUCUGUCUGAGAGUGCAGGGGGCAGGUACUGUGUGGUUCCCUCUAAGGUUUAACCAUCCCAUUUCCAUGUACUCUAUAGCUUGGCAUUUUUUCUACAGUGCCCUGUAGUCAAGGACUGUAGGUCUGGAGAUUACACUAGAGGUAAAUGGCAGGACAAAUACUGUAGUCGUAGUCAGCUAUUAUUCUGGUUCAAGGAGUAGACAGUAUGUCUCUGGAGACUGGGUUUUUGUUUGUGGGGUUUUUUUUUUUCUUUGUUAGUAGUUUGGCAACUUUAUAUGUUCAGAUUUAUCUGGGGGACUGUGGGUGUAUUCCAGAAUUCCAGCAUCCAUUCAAAGAUGCAGUGUUUUUUAAAUGGGAAUAAAGAGUAGUUAGGUUCCACUGCAGUGAAUUCAGAGACUGUAUUCUUCAAGACUGUGUGCAUGCUUAGAGGCAUGCAUAUGUAUCGAGUGAUGAAAGGAAAGGGAAAGUGCAUGAUUUUGUGUUCACUAACACAAUGUAUAACCGGAACAUGGCAGGUAAGUGCAAGUAAUGUAAAGAAGUAAAUGGGAAAAGUGCUCCCCUUGAGAUGGGUACAUUAAACUUUUGGAGAGGGCUGAGAAACACAGACUAUCUCUGUGCCUUUAAGUGUUACUCAUGUGACAAGCUUGUGUAGACUGUCCUGCUUAUUUCUUCCUCUGUUUUCUUAUCUCCAAACAUUUAACAAAGGGGCAACCAGAAGGACCUUUGAUCUGCAUGUGUAUCUUGCUUGAUACAAAUCAAUUUGUUACUGUCAUCAUGCACAAGUAACUGCUUCUGCUAUUCUAGAGACCUUUAUGUUAGACAUAAUAUCUGUCACUUGCCAUUAAACCCAUAUAUCACUCAUUUGACUUAAAUAUUAUAGACUGAACAGCCAUAUUAGCUGAAGACAAAUCCUGGCAAGCUGUAAAAGCAGUUUUAUCCAGCUUAAUGUUCCCAUCCACACAGACCAGAUGAAGAGAACUCUUUCUUGCUUUGGACUCUUGCAGGUGCAUGUAGAGCACAUGGGAGUGAUGCUGCUUAGCAAGGACGCCAAAGUUUGGCUGUCCAUUGCUGUCUACAGCUGUCUCAAAACGCCUGUUUGGCAUUAAUGUACAUAGUGUAUAGUUUCACAACUGCAGAACAGAUGUAUGUGUGGAUGCAUGUUACCUAAAACUCUAAGCAGACAAAAUAGCAUAAGCGUUGGUAGCUGCUUGAAUGAUUGACAUUGAUGUUCCAAGUUGUUUCUUAUAAUUCUUUUGCAUUCUUUUUUCAAAGGUUUUAACCCUGCAGUCGACUAUACAUAUUUUCUGGGAUACAGUGAGUUGUAAGCAAAAUGUAAACUAAUUUUCAGCAAGAACGGGGAUGUUUUGGUGGAGGAAAUGUGUCAGCACAAAUGUCACCAAUGCUAUUGAUGUGAAAUAGUCAUCUUGUUUUGUAAAUCCUGUGCUCCGCUCAGUGAUUGUCACGUAAAGAGGUGUUCGUUAACCUGGAGACUGUGUGCUUUUAGUCGUUUAAGAAGAAAAAUUAUUUCCUGAUGCUUGGGCAGAAUGAGUGCAAAGGAAUAGCAUUCUGUAAUUUUACAGUUCAGGGCGUUAGCAGGAUUAAUCUUUAAUUGUUAGCUUACUAUUCUAAAUAUAGUGUUUAUUCAAUUUAAUAAUCUCCCACCUUUUAAAAAAAUAUACCUGAAGGAGUGAGUAUUUGUGCAUUGAUUACUAGAUCAUCAUAAACUUUGUGAAGGAAACAUUUUUAUGUAUUUUCCUCAAAAAGCAAGUAUAAAAGUGGAUUUUUUUUUUUUAAGCUCAAUAGUAUAAGUGAAUAUUUAUUUUUGUUUGCUCACUGACAGAAUUUAGUGACUUUUUUGGCAUAGACACAUGGUGUAAGUACACUAUGAGCAUACUUUUCAUGUACCUUUUUAUAUGCCUCUAAAUUAUAUUUUUGUGUCAUUUCUUUUUUUAAAAAAAGGAAUUCAUACUGCUUUGAAUUUUGUUGAAUAUCUGAUUAACGACAGGUUUGUGACUUUAAGAAGUAAUCGUUAGAAAAAAAUAGUGAUUUUUAACAACAAAAAUAACAUGGUUAGUUUUGAACCACUCGCCCAGACUGCUAAUACCAAGCAAAUGGGUUACUCCACAGGAAACCCUCAUUGUCUGCUCUAAACUUGUUAAAGUACUUUUGUCAUUCAUUGGUUGUGCAGAAUCUCAUUACACAACGCUCUGCAUAUGCAGACUUUAGCUCAGUAACUGCAUGAAAAAAGGCUUCUUUGGUAGAUUUCUUAAUUUUAUACUUUUCCAUUCUUGUUGUGAAGGCAAAAAGUGGCCAUUCUUUCCAAUAUUGUAAAUGAAAAAUUGGAAGUUUUUCUGAAAAGUACUGCAAAGGAUUUCAAAGUAAAACUCUUGUUUCUCAUAGCACAUACACUUGAGACAGAAGCCACACUUGUAGAUCUAACUUUGCAGUAUUCAUCCCUUCACUUUUUCCUUUCUCCAGCCCCUUUAUGUGUGUAAUGACCAUUUUUUCUUCCCCCUGUCUUUCAAAACAGAAGUGGUUAAAAAUGUAUAAAUUUCUCUUGUCCAAGGGCAUUAGUAGCUUGAAAAAAAUAUGCAUGUUGUUUUCUUCAUGUUAACUGGCUUGUUGUCAAACAACAUGUGGCACAAAUUCUAAUUUGAUGUACUUUUAGAAUUAAAUUUAUUCGAAGCUAACACCUCAAAAGUAAGUUUUUCUUUUCUCUUGAUGUUUCUAGAUUAUCCUCUUUUAUCUAACUGAACUUGUCAGAGCACAGGGACAGAGCUGGUGUAGAUUGGGCUUGCUGAAAGGAUAAUUUUUUUUUUAACAUGUUGAAUCUCUCUCUUGCACACACAUUUAUGCGUUGACACAGUGCAGUUGUCUGACUUGUGCUGGUUUGAAGACAAUGGAAGUAUGUGAAAGUGCUGGAAAUGGUCAUAAAUGAUAUUAUGUUCAGAAUUUUUUGUGUUUGUUGUUUGUUUUUCUCAUAGUCUCCUCCACCAUCUCCUCCCCACGGAGGUUCUCAGGCUUAGGUAAAGGUGCUGAAAUGUUCUGCACACCUGGACUGCUUCCAUGUGUUAAACUUGCAUUAACAUGUACAAGUUUCUGUUGUUUUUAUUUUGUUUUUUAAGGAAAGUUCAUGCUGUUAUUUAUGUUGCAUUUUCAGCUGAACUGGGCUGUAGUGAAAAAGCUCAACGGUUUAAAUUAGAGGAAAGUAUUGUGCACACAAGAGUGAGAAAUGUAUGUUGGUUGCUUGCUGCCUUUCAUUCAGUGCCUUUAUAUGAGUGAAUUGAAGCAGGCAAAGUGACUGUGACUGUUAGGAAUUUAAAGCAAAUGGUAUUAGGUGUGGUUGGUGUAGUUAUCUGUAUACUUAUGCAUUUCCCACCCACCCCAGAAACCACUGACUUCAGAUGCAUAUCAGCAGUUAUGAAAAUGGUACAUGCAUUAUUAUGUCAUGUUUGCAAGUUUCAUGUUUUGGUAUUGCUGAGAUUUUAAGACCAAAGGUUUUGGAAGUGAAAGAGAAAUUCCUAGAGUAGUAGAAAGCUGUAAGAGAUUUAGUUACAAAACUGCAUACUUUGUUGGCAUUUGCUAGUGUGCUAGAAAAAAUUUUGUUUCAAGUGCUGAAUGUCUUGUAGGCCAGAGCAAGGCCAUUGUACCAUCACCACUAUCAUUGUCUUUAUCAUCCUGCAUGGAAAAAAUCGUGCAUUCCAAAAGUAGUCUGUCCUGCAAUUAAUGAAGCUUUAGGGCUGUGAUCGUGCAUUCAUCUGGUAGAGGCAGGAUUAGGAAAAUGUUUUCAUAAACAAGUCCUUGGGAGUUUUUAAAAAAAGAAAAAUCUACUGCCUUCUCUUUGGAGUGGGGAGAAGUCCAUCUUUAUAUCUGGAUUAAAAAGUACUUAAAGAUAUUUCCAGAAAAUGAAAUUUAUUUGGGGGAUUUUGUAUCAUAAUCAUCACUGUCCAGGAAUAUGUUCACGAGAAUAAGAAAGUGGGGAGGUAUUGUUGGUCUACGAUUUAUCAUAGCUUUGAAAGUUUGAUGUUAACAAAUUUGUUUUUAACCAUUUUCAAACUUUGGCAUUCUUGAGAUGCAUAGUUUAGGAUACGUGUCCUAGUGUGUUGAUAUGGUUUUGUACAUACUAAAGCAGCAGAUUGUCCCCCAAUCAACUUUCACCUUAGGUGACGUAUGGGUGGUACCCAGCGGUCACAGUCUUGCUCUCGCCUAGAAGACUGUUACUGAAGUUGUAUUUAUACCUUCAACUAUGGGCCUGGAUACUGUGCUGCGUGUUUUUGCCUGUGAUACUGUCUUUCUCUGUAUACAGUUCAUACAGAGAUGUGAAAAACAUUGAAUAAAUUAUAUUGGUUUAAACGUU